AUGGAAAAAGACUUAGAAGUGGAGGCACAAUUGAAGCUUUUGAAUAAGCCAGCCAUUAAAACUUUUCAGGCAAAGAAUGGGGAUGUGAUUGAUUGUGUUGAUAUCUAUAAGCAGCCCGCAUUUGAUCACCCUCUUUUGAAGAACCACACGACUCAGAUGAGGCCGAGCUUUUCUCCAGCUGCAUUUAUGAAAGAGGGGAAAGACAAUGGUUCACUUUCACAAAUGUGGAAAGAAAAUGAAGUUUGCCCACAAGGAUCGGUUCCAAUACUUAGGGUUGGAAAAGAUGAUAUUCUCAGAGCCAACCCAAUCACAAGUUUUGUGAAGAAAAGCCCCAAUCACAAUUUCUCUCCUGAUGCAGACCAGCGUAACCAAAAUGCUAUAGAGCGUAGAGUUGCAUACGUGAGUGAUCAGGAUAUGGAGUAUGGACGGCUCUUUGGAGGCAAAGUAAAGCUCACUCUUUGGAGACCAGGCGUUGAGAAUUCUAAUGAGUUCAGUGAAGCCAAACUUUGGGCCAUUAAUGACAAUGGUCCACAAAUACAUGCCAUUCAAGCAGAGUGGUCGGUGAAUCCAGGACUCUUUGGAAACUACGACACACGAUUCUUUGCGUACUGGACCGAUUCAUUCAUGCGCAACAGAAAGAUGGAUAUCAAUCAACAGGGUGUUACAACCUUCUUUGUCCAGGUUUCAUCCACACAAGCAACAAGUAUUGGUUCGGAGCCACAUUUGAUGGUGGCCACGAAGAUUCAGUUUGGAGGGGAAGUAGUGAAUCUUAGGGAGGGAGGUCGACACACAGCCACUAAGAUGGGAAGUGGGCACUUCGGAUACGAGGGUUAUGCGAAAGGCGCGGCCUUCGAAUACAUACAGGUCGCAAAUGAACGUGGCGGUUUCAAAGAUGUACGCAGGGUGACAUACGAUUAUGCAGAUCUCACCUGCUAUGCUGGUCAUUUCGAUAACAAGCACAACUUCUAUUUUGGGGGUCCAGGAAGAAGUGAUACUUGCCCAUAG